UAAAACGGACAUCUGUCCCAUAGGAGGAUCGACCGGGAAGACUCCUAUCGCACAGAACUGCUAACUUCAGCACCUGGUCUAAGAUUCGAUCUCUUGCUGAUUGAACCUUCUAUCAGAUACUUAUUUGCGCCUGCUCCUUCAUCAUAGUUGUUCUCUCUAUUCAGUCAUCUUAUUUCAAGACCCGUCCCUAGGCGACUUGUGCGAACUCCCCUGCGAGAGUCGCUGCUUGCCCACUAUGACAAUUUCGAAGCAUGAGUCUGGGGUUUCUACUCCUGUAGAACAUGGUCACGACGAGAAAGUUAUUCAAGAGGACAAAGUUCUCGAGCUUCAAGUCGAAUCCGUCGCUUUUGGAGAUGUGGAGUCGGCCGGCUUUGACAAACAGCAGACGAAGAAACUGCUCAGAAAGAUUGACUGGGCGCUCAUACCCUUCCUUGCGCUCCUCUACUUACUAAGUUUCCUCGAUCGCACCAAUAUUGGUAAUGCGCGUCUCGCCAAUCUCGAGGCGGACCUUGGAAUGAAAGGACUGGACUACAAUGUUGCUCUAGCCAUCUUCUUUCCCUUUUAUGUUGCAGCAGAGAUUCCAUCAAAUAUGAUGCUCAAGAAAACGAAACCGAGCAUCUGGAUUCCCUCCAUUAUGGUUUUUUGGGGCUUCCUCUGCUGUAUGAUGGGCCUCGUCACGAACAAAGCAGGCCUCCUGGCCACUCGAGCACUUCUGGGUAUUUCAGAAGGUGGACUGUUCCCUGGCGUUACUUUCCUCAUCACUAUGUGGUAUAAGCGCAAUGAGUGUGGUCUUCGAAUGGCCAUCUUCUUCUCGGCAGCUACCGCAGCGGGUGCUUUCGGAGGUCUCCUGGCACGCGGCAUUGUGGAGAUGGAUGGAAUUGGAGGAAGGGCCGGUUGGGCCUGGAUAUUCAUCAUCGAAGGUAUCGCGACGCUUAUCAUUGCCAUCGCCGCGUACUUCGUCAUGCAGGACUAUCCCGAUACCGCCAAAUUCCUCAGUGUUGCCGAAAAGAAAGAAGUUGUCCGUCGUCUGCAAGAGGAUCGAUCCUCCCUCGCCGAUGAAUUCAACAUGAAAUUCUUCUGGGAUGGUCUGAAGGACUGGAAGAUCUGGGUGCACAUGUUCAUCACCAUCGGAAUUUACACUCCGCUAUACUCAUUCAGUCUCUUCCUUCCUACCAUCGUGAAGACUCUGAACUACACCAAUAAUACGGCGCAGCUCAUGACCGUUCCACCAUACAUCGUCGCCUGCUUCUGCUGCAUCGCUGGCGGUCACUUUGCUGAUCGCCACGGACAACGUGGAAUAUACAUGAUCGGCUUCUGCAUCGUUGCCAUGAUCGGCUUCGUCAUGCAGAUCGCAACGCAAAACCCCAGUGUCAAAUACGCAGGCACCUUCUUCGUCGCCUCAGGCAUCUACCCCAAUGUCCCUCAGGGUGUCGCAUGGAACGGCAACAACAUCGGCGGUUCCCUCAAGCGCGGCGUCGGCAUUGCGAUGCACGUCGGCUUCGGCAACCUCGGCGGCGCCAUUGCCGGCUUCAUCUACCUGACCGUCGACUCUCCCAAGUUCUACAAGGGACACGGAAUCCUGCUGGCCACCACGACGAUGAGCAUGAUUCUCUCCGUCUUCAUGACGAUCCAUCUCCGGAGAGAGAACGCACGGAGGGAUCGGGAGUAUAGUAAGAAGCCCGAGGAGUACACGGAAGCGGAGAAGGAAGCCGAGCGGGAGAUGGGUGAUAAUGCGAGUUUCUUCAGGUACACGGUAUAA